AUUGUAGAAACAGCCAAAAAGUCUGAAACACCAUCAUGUCAUCAGACGAAAGCAGUCUUGGCUUUGAUGGCAUUUGACGUGCUCAGGGCUUACUGUAAUCUUAGAGAAACGGAGGGCAAUAACGAUUCAUAGAAUGUUUGACGAUUGAGAGCAGGAGUUGCUGCGAUGUGUUCCUUUCACAACAUCUCUCUGACAACGUUGCUUGCUAUUCUCUUCUUUUGGGAAGCACACCCAGAAUCACUGCAAGGUAGACUUGCUAGUUGUUCUGACGACAGCGUACUGCGUCUACCCAUUUUGGCGGGAAAUCCUUGCAUCUCGUGUCGCUGCCAGGGAGCRCAAGUCAUUUGCACUCGAUACAAAUGUCCAACCAAAGUACAGUGUAACGGAAAACUGGAAAAAGUUCCUGGAAAGUGCUGCCCAAUAUGUGUUGAAUCUUCGUUGUGCUUCAGAUCUCAGCGCUCUUACAAGAAUGGCGAGAGAUGGUACGAAAUCGACUGUCGUGUUUGUCAAUGUAAUAACAAAACGAUUAUAUGUGAAAGGCAGCAAUGUGAACCCAACUUAACAUGUCCAAAGGGUAUGAAGCGUGGACUAAAGCCAGGCUCUUGCUGUCUUGAAUGUAUCGAGGAAACUGGUGUAUGCACAUCCUAUGGCGAACCACAUUUCCAAACAUUUGAUGGCAAGAUGUAUAACUUCAGAGGAAACUGCCGCUACAAGCUUGCCGCUGACUGCAAAUACGAAAACUUCACUAUACGCAUGCGCAACGAACGAAGAAAAAAAUCACGAGCUAAGUUUCUUGGAAUUUCGAUUGGUUUAACCCACGUCUCUCUCCAACCAGGACUAGUGGUUCGUGUUGAUCGAAAACAAGUCAAGCUGCCUUUUUACGAUCUGCCUCGUUUACAUAUCACWAAAAAGAACUUUGUGGUGACAGUUUUGACUGAUAUUGGCGUKCAGAUAUUAUGGGAUGGGGACAGUUACAUCGAAGUCCAUGUACCCAAUCGCUACCAACAUCAAACUUGUGGUUUAUGCGGUAACUUCAACACUGAUCCAAGCGAUGAUUUCAUGCUCAAARGCGGRCAGCUCACGAACUCUGUACACAAGUUUGCAUCRAGCUGGACAAUUGGUCGAUUGAGAAAGAGCUGUAAAAGAGCGCCUGCGCCGCCUAAAGAGACCGCUUCCUGCCAGAUAAAGCAUCAGUGGCGCGCAAGGAAACGCUGCUUGCCAAUAAAACGUCAUUUUGCUAACUGUCACAAAGYAGUGAGUCCUCACAAGUAUUAUAAAGAUUGCAUCAAUGAUGUCUGCACGUGUUAUAACAAGAGAUGUGAAUGUGAGUCUCUGCUGGCCUACGCUCGUGCUUGUACAAGAAUGGAUGUCACCGUSAAGUGGCCAAGACGAAAGGUGUGCGGAAUAACCUGUAAAGGCGGUUCCGUCUUCGACGACUGCGUACCAUCAUGUAAGAAAACAUGCCGUACUAAAGACGACCCAGCAUUCGCCUGUCCACAACAGCAUUGUGUGCCCGGCUGUACGUGUCCCGCGGGACAAGUUCUAGACGAGCGAUCACGURCCUGUGUAUUUCCCUCGAUGUGCCAACAUCCCGUCAGCACGCACAGAACCCACUACAAAACCUAGUAGUGUCCCAGUUUGUACUUUAUGCCAUUUUAUACAUCAAAAUUAUUCAGCUUACGACUGAAGUAAAGUACUAACGAAACAAACUUUGAGCAAUAAAAAAUGUCAGCACGGCGUUGUUGCAAAGUUUUUCUAUUCGAGAAUCGAGCGAAAGUUCGAAAAAGGGAGCGCAGAGAGCGAGAGUCUGUCCCUUGAACCGGGAGGAUAAAAGGACUUUUUGGAAGUUUACRCUCUUCUAGCUGAUUUCUUGAAGAGGAAGCAGUCUAUCAGCGCGAAGAGGACCUAUAUUCAACUUGUUAACAUGACUCUGAGCGAAAAAAAAAAAAUGUCUACAAAAACAAGACCCACCGGGUAUGGUUUAAAGAAUCCCAACCAACCACA